GUGUCGCGAUGAAUCUGCACCAGGUGCUGACGGGAGCCGUGAACCCCGGGGACAACUGCUUCUCCGUGGGGAGCUUGCACGAUCAGCCCUUCACGGCAUACGCAUCAGGAUGCGAUAUCGUUGUAUUAGGGACUGACUUUGAAAGAUUACAGAUAAUCCCAGGUGCAAAACAUGGAAACAUUCAAGUGGGAUGUGUGGACUGUUCAGUGCAACAGGGAAAGAUUGCAGCUUCGUAUGGAAAUGUGGUUUGUAUCUUUGAGCCAGUUAGUCUCUUGAAGCAGAGCAGCAGACAUCAUAACCAAUUGCAUUAUCAGUGGCAGAAGAAUGCUCAAAUCUUACUGGAUGGUAUAGCACAUAAUUUAACAUGGGAUCCCACAGGCACUCGCCUUUUGACCGGUUCCAGUUGUCUUCAGCUUUGGUCCAAUGUUCCUUUGGAGAACUUGCCUGACAACGACAGCACUGACAGAACAGAUGUUGGCGAAUGGAGGUGUAUCUGGCAAUGCAAUACUGCUUCUCAAGUUUGUUUAAUGAAAUUCUCACCAGAUGGGGAGUUUUUUGCUACUGCUGGAAAGGACGAUUGUCUUGUGAAAGUGUGGUACAAUACAGACAACUGGCGAUCAGCUGUAACACCACCGGGAGCGAGUCCAGGAAAACAAGCACAAGAAGUUGAUUUUUCAUUUGUUUAUUUGGCCCAUCCUCGAUCAGUAAAUUCAUUUUCAUGGAGGAAGACAAGCAAAUUCAUGCCGCGUGGUGCUGUCUGCAACGUACUCCUGACUUGCUGUAAGGAUAAUGUUUGUCGUCUCUGGGCAGAGACUUUGUUACCAAGUGAUAGCCUGCUAUAUGAUGGAGGGUAUAACAGUUGGACUGAAGCAGUGAACUUCACAAAUAGUUUCAAGAGAAAUACUUCAAGUAAGGAACGAAUGCAAAAUGCAUUAGAGUUAAACCUGAGGCACUUUCGACGAGGAAGGAGGAGGUCAGGUGCUGUUGUUGCACAUACUGGAUACUCUCCACAUCAGCAAGAUCCUCAUGAAGUUCACAGGAACAUUCUUCCUCAUGCAAAUGCACUCUGUCACUUCCAUAUUGCUGCCAGCAUCAAUCCAGCAACAGAUAUUCCUCUACUCCCUUCUAUCACAUCUUUGAGUCUUGGUGAAAAUGAAGAAAAAAGUGGACCCUUCGUAGUGCACUGGCUGAACAAUAAAGAACUUCAUUUUACCUUAUCCAUGGAAGUAUUUUUGCAGCAACUUAAAAAGAAUUUUGAACAUCAUUCUCCUGAGACAAAUACGGAGGAAUCCAAUCCAAUGGAUGUAAGAUCGGAAGAAGAAACUAAUGAAAAUGGAGAUGAACAGAAAGGAAAUGAAGAGAAGAAGGUACUGGGUGAUGAAAAGACUACUCCAGCAUCAAGCCUUGUUCCUUCAUCUUCUGCUGUUGUAGAUCACGAAGUUGAAGUAUUGCUUUCUGAAUGGAGUAAAAAUGCUGAUAUGCUGUUCAGUAUACAUCCUAUGGAUGGUUCACUGCUAGUGUGGCAUGUAGACUGGCUGGAUGAAUACCAACCUGGAAUGUUUCGACAGGUGCAGGUGUCUUUUGUUUCAAGGAUUCCUGUUGCAUUCCCAACGGGUGAUGCAAACUCUCUUUGCAGAAGUAUAGUGAUGUAUGCAUGUACCAAAAAUGUUGACUUGGCUAUUCAACAAGGCAAACAAAAGCCUCCUGGCCUUACACGAUCUUCAUCUAUGCUUAUCUCUUCUGGACACAGUAAAUCAACCAACAGUUUAAAACUGAGUAUUUUCACACCCAAUGUUAUGAUGAUUUCCAAACAUGCAGAUGGGUCUUUGAACCAAUGGCUAGUGAGUUUUGCUGAAGAAUCUGCCUUUUCAACUGUGCUUAGUAUUUCACAUAAAUCAAGAUACUGUGGUCACCGUUUUCAUCUUAAUGACUUGGCUUGCCAUUCAGUAUUACCACUGCUGCUUACAACUUCACAUCACAAUGCUCUAAGUUCACCAGAUGUUGAGAAUGCAAAACAGGCAAAUGAUUCUUUAAAUUCUAAGGAGUCAACAGUAAGACUUCAGGGUAGAGGCAGUGCAAAUGUAACAUCCCAGGAUCCCAAUGCAGUUUACAGUGAACUUAUUCUUUGGAGAGUUGAUCCUGUUGGACCGUUGUCCUUUUCUGGUGGAGUUUCUGAGCUUGCUCGGAUCAAUUCUCUCCAUGUUUCAGCUUUUUCUAAUGUUGCAUGGCUGCCCACUCUUAUACCCAGCUAUUGCCUUGGUGCAUACUGUAAUUCUCCAAGUGCCUGCUUUGUGGCUAGUGAUGGACAGCAUUUGAGAUUAUAUCAAGCUGUAAUAGAUGCUAAAAAACUUCUGUGUGAGCAAUCCAAUCCAGAGAUUUCUAAAUACGUUGGUGAAGUUUUCAACAUCAUAAGUCAGCAAUCUACUGCACGUCCGGGAUGUAUCAUUGAAUUGGAUGCUAUCACAGAGCUUCAUGGCAGGAAAACACAGUUAUUCCAUGUUUUUCAAGAAGACUUCAUUUUAAAUAACCAAGAGAAAGAAACACCUGAUAAGAAGAAUAAUGUAGUGGAUUCCGGAAAACAGCAGAAUGGAUUUUCUGAAAAAUUCUACUUAAUAGUAAUAGAGUAUACUCAAAGCCGUUCAUUACUACACAUGUGGCAUUUACAUUUGAAGUCAAUUCCAGUCUCAGUAGAUGAAAAGAUAGACUCAAGUACUCCUGACACAGCAGCACAAACAGAAGAGUUGUGUUCUUCACCAGAUCCAGAGAAGAUCCAGUCACCUUUCACGCAAAAGUAUCAGGCCUGUAGAGCAAACCUUCAGAGCACCAGCUGGCUCACUCUGUCUUCAAAAAUGGUGUAUAGUCAAGAGCUGAGUUUGCCAGAAGGAGUGGAGAUAAUAAGUGUUAAGCCUUCAGCAGGGCAUCUGAGCAGUUCUUCCAUAUACCCCGUUUGUCGUGCACCCUAUCUGCUGGCUACUUCAUGCACAGAUGGAAAAGUUCGAUUCUGGAGAUGCAGGGUGACCAAUGAAUCGUCAGUUUCUUCCAUGCCAGAAUCUAAUGUACACAGGGAUGUAACAUACAUCUGGGAAGAAUGGCCGUUACUGAUUGAGGAUGGACUUCUUAGUAGUAGUGCUAUUAAUGUUCCAGGAAGCCCAACUGAAGUUAGUUGUGCACACACAAACCGAUUAGCUGUAGCAUACAAGCAGGUAACAUCUAAAAACAACCACCUUUCUCAAGACUUUGUUAUGCAUGUUAGUAUUUUUGAAUGUGAAUCUACAGGGGGUUCUUCGUGGGUGCUUGAACAGACUCUUCAUUUAGAUGAGAUAGGCACUAUGUUAGACUCUGCUGUUAGUAUUGAUAGUAAUUUAGUGGCAUAUAACAGACAGGAAGUUUCUCUCUCAUGUGGUAAUGUUAUUCCUAGUGCUAAGCACUUAGUACACUUAGACUGGAUGUCUAGGGAGGAUGGUUCACAUAUUCUAACAGUGGGAAUUGGAUCAAAACUUUUUAUGUUUGGACAGCUGUCUGGAAAAAUGCAAGAACAAAUUGGUAAGGAGGCUGUAGCAAUCUCCCAUAUUGGCAGUACUACUACAAAGGCUACAAACUUUUCUAGGUUUGUUCUGCUGCGUUCUGUUGACUUGGUUUCUUCUGUAGAGGGAUCACCUCCUUUUCCAGUCUCCCUGUCUUGGGUGCGUGAUGGCAUUCUUGUAGUUGGAAUGGACUGUGAAAUGCAUGUUUAUUCUCAAUGGCAACCUCCUGCCAAGCAGGGUCCUGUUAGUACAGAUUCCUGCAGUAUGCCAAGUAUAACUAGCUUAAUGAAAGAAAGCCAGUCAGCUGCCUCAGGUCUGCCUCCACCAAAGCGAACCUUGACCAGAUCUAUGACCAGCCUUGCACAGAAACUUAGUGGGAAAAGAUCUGCCUUUGAUCUGUCUGCAGAAAUGGAAGACUCUGGUCUUUUUGAAGCAGCUCAUAUGCUAUCUCCCACUUUACCUCAGUACCAUCCACACCAACUGUUAGAACUCAUGGAUCUUGGUAAAGUACGUAGAACAAAAGCCAUUCUGUCCCAUCUAGUGAAGUGCAUUGCUGGAGAAGUUGUUGCUAUAAAUGAAUCUGAACCUAAUCAUGAUAGGAGACUUAGAUCUCUGACCAUCAGUGCUAGUGGAAGUACUUCACGAGAUCCCAAAACGUUCAGCAAAAUGGAGACUACAGACUAUAUUGAAAUAGACUCUGUUCCACCAUUACCGCUGUAUGCUCUGCUUGCUGCAGAUGACGAUUCCUCUCAUUCCUGUUCAGAAAAGUCUCAUAGUCAAAAUAGUCAAAGUAAAAAUGAUAUGCCCAAGGACAAUUAUGAAGAUCUCUUUCAAAAUUCUGUUAUAAGUACAGAUGAACUUGUAACGUUUGAUGCAGAGGAAGACAGUGUGAAACCAAAAGUAAUUGAUCUUUCGCAAUUUAGCCCAACUUACUUUGGACCAGAGCAUGCCCAAGUUCUUUCUCGUCACUUGCUUCAUUCAAGCUUGCCAGGUCUGACUAGGAUGGAACAGAUGUCAUUGAUGGCCUUGGCAGAUACUAUUGCUACUACUAGUACUGACAUUGGAGAAAGCAGGGACAGAAGCCAGGGUGGAGAAACUCUUGAUGAGUGCGGUUUAAAAUUUUUGUUAGCUGUUCGACUUCACACAUUUCUAACAACUUCGCUUCCUCCUGUACAUCGAGCUCAGCUGCUUCACCAAGGUUUAUCUACCAGUCAUUUUGCCUGGGCAUUUCAUUCAGUAGCGGAAGAAGAACUACUGAGCAUGCUCCCUGCAAUGCAGAAAGGGGAUCCAACGUGGUCAGAACUCAGAGCUAUGGGUAUAGGAUGGUGGGUUCGAAAUAUCCAUAGCUUGCGGAAAUGCAUAGAAAAGGUAGCCAAAGCAGCCUUUCAACGAAACAAUGAUCCACUUGACGCAGCCAUUUUUUACCUUGCAAUGAAAAAGAAGGCUGUGAUCUGGGGAUUGUAUAGAUCCCAAAAAGACACCAAAAUGACGCAGUUUUUUGGAAACAACUUCUCUGAGGACAGAUGGCGUAAAGCAGCAUUAAAAAAUGCUUUCUCUUUGCUUGGCAAACAGCGUUUUGAACAUUCUGCAGCAUUUUUCUUGCUGGCAGGUCACUUAAAAGAUGCAGUGGAGGUCUGUCUUGAAAAACUGAAUGACAUUCAGUUGGCUCUUGUAAUUUCAAGACUUUAUGAGUCAGAAUUUGAAGUAUCUAGUACUUAUAAAUCUGUACUACAGAAGAGAAUUUUGGGAAGUGUGUUUUCUGGAAAGGAGAGCACAGGAAACAUGUACAAUGAUCCUUUUCUGAGAAGUAUGGGUUACUGGAUUUUGGAAGACUAUAGCAAGGCUCUUGACACUUUGAUUAAACAUUCUUUUGAAGAUGAAGGAGAUGUAGGAGAUGGCUCAGCAAGCUGUAAUCCUGCAGUGUUUAACUUUUACAACUACUUAAGAACACAUCCUCUCCUUCUGAGACGUCAUUUUGGCUCUUCUGAUGCCUCUUCCACACACAUGUGCCUAACAGUGGAAAAUGGAUUAGCUGACAAAAUCAACCUAGAUGAAAGGCGACUUUUCUUCACCACUGCAUAUGCUCAUUUAAAAGCUGGUUGUCCUAUGUUGGCCUUAGAAGUGUUAUCAAAGAUGCCCAAGGUUGUCAAGAGGUCAAAGCCAUUCUGUAGAUCCCCCAGCUUAAUGGAUACUAGUAAAGAUUUCUCACCGUCUUCUCCUCUUAAAGAGUUGGAAAUAAAAGAUGAGUCUUCCAGUAUUGAUUGGUCACAGCCAGCUUUGAAUGAUCUAGGGUCAUCUUCAGACUGCUCAUCAGGAAAACAUUCGAAUUCAACUCUUUCAUUUGACUGGAGCCAACCAAAUAUAGUAUUCCAAGACGACGAAGGCUUGAAGCUACAGUUGGACAGUGAUGAAGGUGAUGAGAAUGAAGAUUCUUCCCUGGUAAUGAAAGAACUAAAACCUCUGAAGAAAAAUGAAAAAUCCUAUGAAACAAGUUCUAGCUACACGGAAUCUUUUAGCGUAGUUGAUGAAAAAGAUAUUCUAAGUCCAUCAGAAGAUAUAAUUUCUGCACAGCUGAAGUUUAGAGCAUGCCUGAAAAUUCUUACGGUAGAGCUUCGUACGUUGUCCACUGGUUGUGAGGUAGAUGGUGGAAAAUUGAGGUAUCAGCUUUAUCAGUGGCUUGAAAGGGAAGUGAUAGCUCUUCAAAAAACCUGUGAUUAUAGUGUUGAAAUAGAUGAAAUGCAGUCUGGAGUUAGCAUGAUGCCAGAGGAAGCUGCAUUACAUGGAAACACUGUAGACUUGACUGACCAGCAAAAAAACAUGCUGCAGAAAGGAAACUUUCAGAAAAGACGUCAGUGGCUUCUGAAAUACCAGUCUCUCCUAAGAAUGUUCCUUAGUUACUGUGUUCUCCAUGGCUCUCACGGUGGUGGUUUGGCAUCUGUCAGAAUGGAGUUAAUUCUGCUGUUGCAGGAAUCUCAGCAGGAACAGUCAAUACAGAUACCAUCCAGCCCUGUUCUAGAGCAAAGCUCCGUACCUCUCCUAUUUGCUUGCACAGCUAGUGCCAAAACAGUGGUGGCUAAUCCACUGUUACAUCUUGGUAACUUGACUCAUGAUAUCUUACAUGCCAUAAUAAACCUUGAUUCACCGCCUCAUCCAGAUACACAGAAUAAUAAGAUAUAUGUAAUGCAUAACUUAGCAGCAUCACUUUCGGCUUGCAUCUACCAAUGUCUUUGUGAUGGCCACAGUUACAGCUCAUUUCAAGCAAAUCAGUUUACUGGGACAGUUUAUCAGACAGUGCUGUUAACUCAGCGCGAUUCUCUAAGAUCAACCUUGGAAGAAACAGUGACUCCCAAUACACCACCAGCUCAGUGGCCAGGAAUAACAGCUCUAGUACGUCUCUUGAAUUCUGCUGGUGAGGAAGCUCAGCCAGGACUCACAGUCUUACUUUGUGAAAUUCUAACUGCAGUCUAUCUGAGUCUCUUCAUCCAUGGCCUAGCAACACAUUCCAGCAGUGAGUUGUAUAGAGUUAUGACUCACCCACUUAACAACAAAAUGUGGUCUGCAAUCUUUGGAGGAGGAGCUCAUACACCUAUCAAAGGACAGCAGCAAUUGAAGACAAAAACUGGUAGGCACUUCCCAAUGCCUAGCCCACAUCAGGUAGUAGUGUUCUCCAUGGAAUGCGUGGGGUUUUCGAAAUCCCUUACUACCUUCAGUACUCAUAGUCCUACCAAGUCUGCAGAUGAUGGAGAGAAACAGCAAAAAUGUUUCAAUCUUUCAUCAACAACCUCUCCGAAAGAGAGUUCUCGGGCAGCUGCCGUGCCAUGGUUAGACCAAGAAUCUCCAUCUUACAAAGAAAGAUUUAUUCCUCCUGAGCUUAGUAUUUGGGAUUAUUUCAUUGCCAAGCCUUUUCUUCCAUCACAAAGUAGAGUGGAGUAUGACUCAGAAGAGAGUCAAGAAAGUGGUGAAGAUGAUGAUGAUAUUGAUGGAGACGCGUUUGCAGCGAAUUCAAAUAAUCAAGAGCAUUUGAAUGCUAAUUCAUACAGUUGGUCACUGAUGCGAUUGGCCAUGGUUCAACUGGUACUUAACAACUUGAAGAUUUUCUACCCUUUGGCUGGACACGAUCUUUCAGAGCUUCCAGUUAGCUCACCAGUAUGCCAUGCAGUUCUGAAAACACUACAGCGCUGGGAACAAGUUCUUCUCCGACGUCUUGAGCUAUAUGGUGGUCCACCUCAACAUUAUAUUUCAGUUCAUGCUUCUGAGGAUGCCCUAGCUGCUGGUCCUGCAUUGCUUCGCCAUAAAACUUUGCUUGAGCCUGCAAACACUCCAUUCAGAUCUAACAGUCAUGUUGCCUUAUCUGUGAAGAGGCUCUGGCAGUACUUGGUUAAACAGGAAGAAGUCCAGGAAACCUUUAUCAGAAAUAUUUUUACAAAGAGGCGAUGCUUAAAUGAGUCAUUAGAGGACCAUAGUGACACCUUGAAAAACUCUGUGGUGGAGGAGCCCAUCGUCAAUAAGGUAGAAACAGAUUUAGGAUACCCAGGAGGCAAGGCAAGAAUAAUUCACAAAGAGUCUGACAUCAUUACUGCUUUUGCAGUCAAUAAGGCGAAUCGGAACUGCAUUGCAAUAGCAUCGAGUCAUGACAUUCAGGAAUUAGAUGUUUCUGCAAUACUGGCUACGCAGAUCUACACCUGGGUUGACGAUGAUGUGGAAAUAGAAAAUAAAGGGGCUGAUGAUUUCUUGGUUAUCCACGCUCGUGAUGAUCUGGUAAAUGUUCAGGGAACCACUCCGUAUACUCACAGUAAUCCUGGCACGCCCAUUAAUAUGCCUUGGCUUGGUAGUACACAAACUGGCAGGGGUGCAUCUGUGAUGCUCAAGAAGGCUAUUAAUAAUGUCAGAAGAAUGGCUUCUCAUCCAACAUUACCAUAUUAUCUGACAGGUGCUCAAGAUGGCAGCGUAAGAAUGUUUGAAUGGGGUCAUGCACAGCAAAUCACAUGUUUUCGCUCUGGUGGCAACUCAAGGGUAACUCGGAUGAGGUUCAAUUAUCAAGGAAAUAAGUUUGGAGUUGUUGAUGCUGAUGGAUAUAUAAGUUUGUAUCAAACAAAUUGGAAAUGUUGCCCUCUUACAGGGACCUCACCAAAACCGUAUUUGACCUGGCAGUGCCAUAACAAAACAGCCAAUGACUUUGUUUUCAUCAGUUCAUCAUCUUUGAUAGCCACAGCUGGCUUGUCUUCUGACAACAGAAAUAUUUGUCUUUGGGAUACGUUGGUCUCCCCCACCAAUAGUCUGGUGCAUGCUUUUGUCUGUCAUGAUAGUGGAGCAACUGUUCUAGCAUAUGCUCCAAAACAUCAGCUGCUAAUCUCUGGAGGGAGAAAAGGCUUUACGUGUAUAAUUGACCUUCGCCAAAAGCAGCAGCAACAGUUACUCCAAAGCCAUGACUCUCAAGUCAAAGCAAUUGCUGUCGAUCCUACAGAAGAGUAUUUUGUCACGGGAUCUGCUGAAGGCAACAUAAAGGUAUGGAGUCUGUCUACGUUUAAUCUUCUGCACACUUUCAUCAAUGAGCAUUCUCGACAGUCUCUCUUCAGAAAUAUUGGGACAGGAGUCAUGCAAAUUGAAACAGGACCAGCAAAUCACAUACUCUCCUGUGGUGCUGAUGGAACAGUAAAGAUGAGGAUCUUGCCUGAUAGAUUCAGCCCAUUUAAUGAAGUGUUAAAAAGUGAUGUCAAAUUCAUGAUGUAAUAUUUUUUCUCAAUGCAGUGUGUAACAUUUAACUUCUGCCAUCCCUGAAAAUAUUUUUCCUGAAACUAGUCAACAAAGCAGAUGUACAAUGACAGCUUGUGCCACAAAGGUACUUUUUUUUUAUUUUAUAUAUUUAUUACUUAGAUCUUUCAGUCACUUCAGAUUCUGAUUGUUGCCUAAAAUACAUACAGGACUCUGAAUUACCUGUUUAUAAUAUACGUAAGAUGUUUCUGAGGUGGUUUACUCUUCCUUUUAGGUAGUUAUGUUCCUGCCUGGAGUGUACGAUCUGCACAUAGCCUGUGUUCAACACCUGGCCUUUUUCUGAAAGUAGGUCCAGAUAGGAACCGUAGAUAAUGUUAUUCUCUCACUGUGGCAACCUUAGCUGUGUCUCUUCUUGUGUAGUUGGCCAACAAUAAAAACUUAUACCUUUGUGUGAGAAAGAAGCAGUCUAUUUUACUAGAUACCCCUACUGUAUCAGAAACUGGCCAUGCAGACAUUAAUGUGAGCCACUGUCUGUCUCUGUUCCUGGAAUCCAGGCUGUUUACCUCCUUAAUUCACUUGGUCUCUUUCCUAUGAUCUAGGGUAUGAGAAACUGAAGAAUGUUCUGUGACUUUUCUUCUGUUCCAUAGCUUGACUCACUGCCAUCAGGAUGGCAGACUUAGCUUUUAAAAGAGAAAUAUAUUUUUAACCCUAAACACUCCCUUUACAAAAAUAUGUACAUAUUAAUGGAUUAUCUUCCUAUUAAAAUUGUCAAGAUUAUUUGUGAGGCUUUAGUUUGAUGAAAAAGUACGGGAAGAUACAACUUUAGAAUACUGCAUUAGAAUCUCCUCAAAGAGUAUUUAUUUGCAUGUCUGUAGAGGAAAAGAAAUACUAAUUUAUUUUUUACAUUUUUUUCCAGUAAGACUUUAUUUAGCCCAAAGAUACUCAGCUCAUUCUUAGCACUUAACAUUUUUGUUUGUCUGCUUUUCCUAAGUACUUUACAGAAGUAAAAAAGGGGAAUAAAAAAAUCAGCAGAGUACUGCUGAAAAGGAUACUUUUUUUUUUUUUAAUUUUUAUUUUAUUUCAUUUUAUUUUAUUGCCAAAAUAUUAAACUGCAUAACUUAAGUGUUUGACCAAAAUAUCGAAUCUGUAUUUUGGUUUAUUUUUCCUGGUCUGUUUCAGAACUUGAGAGUUCGACGGAGGUUUAAUUUGUAAACUAGAUAUAAGGCUGGGUUACUUGAAUGCCAGUGGUGUACUUUGUACUAAAAGAUAUUUUGUGAAAUAGAGCACCAAGACAACAAAUGUAAAAUAAACUUGUCAGAUUAGGAACUAUGGGGAUAAAUAAAGCAUAGUAGAAGUGAAGGGCUUGUAAAAUGAACUUUGUAACGUUCUCAGGAUGCUUUUAUCUUAAAAAUAUAAGAUCAUUUAAAAAGAUUUUGUAAAUUGCAUUAAGGUCAUUUAAAAUGUAUGUUUCACAAGUUGCAGUGGAAACACUAGGAAGGUUUUUAUGCACAUAACCUGAAUUUUCGAAUUGUGCAAUAAAAAAAAGAAUGUGAAUACUCCACCACGAAAAAACACGACAGCAUUUCAAACUGGUACAGCUGUUCGGUGGUUCACUUGUGAUUGUUCUUCCACUACUCUUAGUUGUAGAUUAAGAUCAAAAUUGGUAUUAGAACAGUUUAAGUACAAUGAUGGACCAGAAAAGCGACUGAUGAGAAGCGACUUCGCCUUACAGAACAGACUUGCCAACGUGUGUCCUGUCUGCUCAGUGAUUCUAAUAACUUCUGCUCCUAUUAAACAAGGAAGACAACGGGAGUUAUCCUCAGCACACUCCUUCAGAGAAGCAGCUGAAACCAACCUGGGCUUACAGCUGCUUGUAUACAUGCAUUAGUUUUAUGCAACCUCUGAACUAAGUUAUAUUCAGAGAAUGUGCAAAACAGUGACAGCAUUGUAUAAUGAUGUCCUUGAUGUUUUGUUCUGAAAUAUAUCUGUGUCUAUUUCAUUAGGUUUAAUAUUUCAAUCUCAGUUUAUUGUACUGGUGAUCACAAAAAAACUGUCCUUCCAUCUGCAAACUGAGCAGACUUUAUGUAGAACAUGCCAAGGCAUACAAUGCUCUCAUUUUUCUGAGUCGAGCUGCACUGUGAUUAUCCUGGCAAACCUGUGCUCAGACCAGAAGAGUAAGGACUGUGAGCAGGCAUUUUCAGUAAUGUUUAUAGUUACCAUAAGCUACUCUUAAAGUAAUGUAAAGUCACAAUGUAUUUGCCCAUACCUUCAUAAUAGUUCCAAUAAAUCCUGCAGAAACUCAACUUUCUAGAAUCCCAUGUUGCUGCUACUUCCUUUACAAAUCAGUUGAAUGCGUGUAUAAUGCUAAUUGAUAUUUAACAAUUAUAAGUCAUUCUAUUGGUAGCUUUCUUGUAAUAAUGGAAUCAAAAUCAAUUAUCUUCUGUUGUAACAAAAACUUUUCAAAGGGACACUCUCAACUUUAGUCAUUGGGGAAAAAAAAAAAAAAAAAAAAAAAGGAGCUUCCAGCUGAUGCCUUAACAGCUUCCAUUGAUUUCAGUCUUUUCAGCAAUUAAUGCUUUCUCCCUGUUGCUAUGCAAGUUACUCAGAAGGUCAAUAUUGGCUGCCUAGGGUUCUGUAAGAGGUAGCUGUAUGCAGAAAUUGAACUUGAAAAUGAAAUUUGCACUCUCCAGUACGUAAUCUCCAAUAACUCCAUGUCCAGACAAAACGACUUGGUUGACAGUGUCCCUUUUAAAUAUCAUAGCCUCGUAAUUGUGACUAGUGUUGGUCCACGUAGCAAUACAUUCUGCAGCCGGGUUUUCAUUCUCAUCUUGUUGAUUCAGUUACCUCAAACAAAUCUGUGAUACAAGUUCUUCACUGUUACUGCAGUAACUUCUGAGAGUUAAACUCUGGCCAUCUGGGUACUUAAACUGGCUUGCUGUGUGCUGUGAAAAGCAGAUAAUUCUCAGCUGAUGUUGCAGGGAUGUUCAUGGGGAAGGAUGAAGCGAGUGGAAUAGACUUAGGUUUUGUACCACGCUGCUAUGGCACAAGCUGAGUUUAGGUGUUCUGAUGCAUUUUAGAAACCUCGCUGCCACUUGCAGGAAAUAAACUUCUGGGGAUAUUCUAUGUGAGGUACCAUUCCCUUCCUCCUAAGAGCACCCGUUGUUAGAUUAGUUGCAAUAGUUACGAAAAACCGUGAUUACAAGAAAAUAAGCUUGGAUACUGGAUAUGUUCUCCAAGAUAAUUUUUUCAAAUGUUUAUUUUUACUAAAAGUAGCAAAACAGCCUCUGAUGGCAGGUUCAGCACACUGAUCAAAUACUUUAUAUAAAUAAAGAUACUGAUUUAACAAG